AUGGCUCCAAAGUGGCAAGACCUCGUCACAGCGAAACAACAAGAAUGCAAAGAGAAAAUCCCCCUCGAAUGGCGGAUAAAUACCGAGCACCCUGCACUUGCCGAAACCCCCCGUUUAAUUGAAGCCGACAUCCCCCGCCGCAGCGGCCUGCUCUCCGAUACAGAAUUGGAUAUCACCGAGAACUAUACCGCCAGCCAGCUUUUAGUCAGGCUAGCCACUGGCCGUGUCAGUUCGCUGGAUGUGACAACAGCAUUCUGUAAAAGAGCUGCUAUUGCACAACAGCUGACAUCAUGUCUGACAGAGACAUUCUUCCCACAGGCACUGGAGCGCGCACAGUAUCUGGACGAGUAUCUCCAGCGCGAGGGAAAGCCCACAGGGCCCCUACACGGCCUGCCAAUCAGUCUUAAAGACAGUUUCUGCGUGGAAGGCGUCCAAUCAACAAUUGGAUAUGUCGAGUUUCUGAAGAAAAAACCCGCAACGACGAACUCUGCACUGGUGAAAAUGCUGCUUCAGCUCGGUGCAGUACUGUACGUCAAGACUAACAUCCCGCAGACAAUGAUGACAGGAGACUCGGAGAACAAUAUCUUCGGUCGAACCCUGAACCCGCACAACACUCGACUCACGGCUGGUGGUUCCAGUGGUGGUGAGGGCGCCCUCGUUGCAUUCCGAGGAUCCAUCCUCGGCGUAGGGACUGAUAUCGCAGGUUCGAUUCGAAUUCCUGCGCUCUGCUGCGGCGUUUAUGGGUUCAAGCCGACUACGAAUCGUGUCCCCUUUGGCGGCCAGGUGUCUGGGGCCAAAGAAGGCAUUCCAGGCUUGGUUCCUUCCGCUGGACCAUUGGCACAUAGUAUUUCUGAUUUGAAGUUAUUCAUGAAUCUGGUUGUUGGCGAUGGUCACGCUUGGCGGUAUGACUCUAGUGCGGUGGCUGUGCCAUGGAAUAGUGUUCCCCGUGGUCUGAGCGAGAAGGCAAGCUUGACGAUCGGUGUCCUUGCAGAGGAUAAGGAUUUCCCGCUUCAUCCGCCUGUGAAGAGGGCUUUGGAUUGCGCUUUUGAGGCGUUGACUCGAGCUGGACAUCGAAUUGUUCGAUUAGGUGAGGAUUUGGAUGUUGCGUAUCCUUCGCGUCUUGCUUUCCAGUAUUUCAUAUAUGGUCCUCAAGAUGAUCUUAUUGCUGCCAGUGGUGAACCGGCGGUGGCAUCCGUUGCGAAGGCUGCUUCGCCGAUGUUCACUGGUCCGUUCCCUGUUGAAUAUGGACUUGGGCCUUUUGAGACCAUUCAGCCGUUGUAUGAAGCUCGUCAGAAGCUCUCGGAUCGUUGGAGAGAGGCUUGGGUUGAGCACAAUCUUGAUGUUGUCCUUGCACCCGGAUCUCAGAAUACAGCGGUGGGACACGACACAUAUGGCUGGCCUCCGUAUACGACGAUGUGGAAUGUGCUGGAUUAUCCCGCUUGUAUAAUUCCCUUCGGCAAGGCAUCGAAGCAGCUUGACCCAAACGCGAUGGCAACCCUAGACGAUGUGCAACCUGAUUACCUUCCGGAUGAAGUAGACGGAGCUCCUUGUGCAGUCCAGGUGAUUGCACCCUACUUCCAAGACGAGAAGUGUUUAUGGGCAGCAGAGAUAAUUGAUCAAGUAUUGAGAGUGUAUGGUGACUUGUGGCUGUAG